GAGACCCGGUAUCAGCUGCUACAGUUGCGACCGGCCCAGCGAGCAUCAUGGAUUGGUUACGCCAUCGCGUAUCACCUCUUGGGGGACUAUGAGAUGGCGGCUAAAAUCAUCGAAGAGUUUAGAAAAACACAGCAGACAUCACCUGAUAAAGUGGAUUAUGAGUACAGCGAGCUGCUGCUUUAUCAGAAUCAGGUGUUGAGGGAGGCCGGGCUCAUGAGAGAAGCUCUGGAGCAUCUCACCACCUACGAGAAACAAAUCUGUGAUAAACUGGCCGUGGAGGAGACCAAAGGAGAGCUGCUGUUGAGUCUGGAACGGUAUGAGGAGGCAGCGGAUGUGUACAGACGACUGCAGGAGAGAAAUCCAGAGAACUGGUCUUAUUACCAUGGCCUGGAGAAAGCCUUCAAGCCCGCAAGCGUAGAUGAGAAGCUGAAGAUUUAUGAGGAUGCGUGGGAGAAAUACCCAAAAGGCCUCGUACCUCGCAGAUUACCACUUAGCUUCCUGUCUGGUAAGGAACGUUUCCUCUUAAACCGAAAGUAUGUUUUGGAUUUUAAACGCAUGUUAGCGUAUACACACAAUGUGAGUGAGACGGAUUUAAUUAGCAGUGUAUGUGAGUGAUGUAUGGGUUCGCUCUAAUUUUUUUAACUGCACACCCUCUGUCUGCAUAAACUGCUGGUGUCAAGCAAUCGUUGUGCACAUGUUGACCACCUGCGUUCAUUAGGGAUGUAACGAUUCGAUACAUUUCACGAUACGUUUUGUUCACAAUUUAGAAAUGGAACAAUUACCCUUUUAUUAUUUCUCAAAUGCUGCACAUUUCUUUG